AUGUUGUCGUUCAUAUUAAUACAAAACCGCCAGGGCAAGACCCGGCUGGCGAAGUGGUACGCGCCGUACAGCGACGACGAGAAGAUCAAGCUCAAGGGCGAGGUGCACCGACUGGUGGCGCCGCGCGACCAGAAGUACCAGUCGAACUUUGUCGAGUUCCGCAACAACAAGAUCGUGUACCGCCGCUACGCGGGGCUUUUCUUCUGCGCAUGUGUGGACACCAACGACAACGAGCUGGCAUAUCUCGAGGCGAUUCACUUCUUCGUGGAGGUUCUGGACGCCUUCUUUGGCAACGUCUGCGAGCUUGAUCUUGUCUUCAACUUCUACAAGGUCUACGCCAUUCUCGACGAGGUCUUCCUGGCUGGCGAGAUCGAGGAGACGAGCAAGCAGGUCGUGCUUACGAGGCUCGAGCACUUGGACAAAUUAGAAUGA